AUGUUCCGCACUGCUGUCCUCCGCACAUCCGCCUCGGCCGUCCGCGCUGUUGCCCGACCCGUCGCCAUCCGAAGAACAGCUCUCGCCGCUGCUCCCCGCGCCGUCGCCGCCCCUGUCCGCGUCCAGAGCCUCAUGGCCGUGAGGAUGUACAGUGCUGGCGGUGGCCUGCACAAGGAGGAGGUCGAGGGCCGCAUCAUCAGCUUGCUGCAGGGAUUCGACAAGGUCAACGAUGCUGCCAAUAUCAAGGCCACUGCUCACUUCGCCAACGACCUCGGCCUGGACAGUCUCGACACCGUUGAGGUCGUCAUGGCCAUCGAGGAGGAGUUCAGCAUCGAGAUCCCCGACAAGGACGCCGACACCAUCCACUCAGUUGACAAGGCCGUCGAGUACAUCCUCAACCAGCCCGAUGCUCACUAA